UUUGUUUCGGUUGGUUGCACUCUAAGCCGGCAUUUGAUCUGUACAUGUUGGCAGGUUUUUCUCCCAGUGGACACAGUAAAUCAAAGAUCUAUGAUUGUGACGUUCUGGCAGGCCGUGUCUGUAGCGAGGCGACUCAUCAUGACAGAAGCUGUGAAGCCGACCAUCGUGUUUGUACUGGGACCACCGGGUGCAGGGAAGGGCACGCAGAGUCUCAACAUUGUCAAGGAGUUUGGUUAUGUCCACCUGUCGGCUGGUGACCUGCUGAGGGCAGAGCGGAACAGCCCCGGGUCAGAGUACGGAGAACUCAUCGAGACUCACAUCAAGAAUGGCAGCAUCGUGCCUGUAGCCAUCACCAUCAGCCUUAUAGAACGGGCUAUGAAGGAGAGUGCCAGUACGAAGUUCCUGAUCGACGGCUUCCCCCGUAAUGAGGACAACCUGCAGGGCUGGAACGACAGGAUGCAGGACAAAACCAACCUCAAGUUUGUCCUCUUCUUCGACUGCUCCGAGGAGGUGUGUGUGCAGCGCUGUCUGCACAGAGGUGAGCAACAGGCCAAGGCCGGGGCCAAGAGGUCAGACGACAACCUGGACAGCCUCAGGAAAAGAAUUUCGACCUACACCAACUCCACACGGCCCAUCAUCGACCACUACCAGAAACUGAACCUGGUCAGGACGGUGGACGCCGCAGGCACGGAAGAUGAGAUUUUUGCGGAGGUGAAAAAGUUGUUCAGCGAUUGAUGAUAACCAACAACAGUCACACAUUUUAUUAGAAAUUCACAAUGAAAAAUGUCAAAGAUUAUGACGAAUACACCAGUGCUAUGUCAUACACUUAGCUAUCGUUUUGGCAACAAUUUAUCAUAAAGGUGUAUGCAGUUUUCAUUUUGCAGUUAGGAGGGGAAAAUGAACAGCUAUUUUAGGUGAUGAUUUGGGUGUUAGAGGGAAAAGCUUUCAGGUGUAGUGGUUAUCAUCAUUUAUCAAUAAGAGAUUAGUACUUAGUGUUAUGAUGAUGGUGAUUCAAGGCUUGGGGUAUACAUAGGAACUUCUAUUAUGUGUUAUAAUUCUGCCUUACUCUUUUUUGUUGUUUUACUGGAACCUUUUAAGAAAUACAUUCCUCAAUAUGUGGUAAGACAUUUAGAUGAAAAAUAAUUGAAUCAUGAUUGUGCUAAAGCCAGCCAUAGCUGAUAUACACAACAAAAUUCCUAACACAAACAUUUUGUUCUCUCUCCAAUUUGCAUUGGAGUAAGGAUUGGUACUGAAACAAUCCAAGCUGAUUAAGGCUUGAAGACUUGUAGGCAUGGGUUAGUGUAAAAGAUCUUAGUGCAAUUUGUUUUGUUUUCUCCCUAUAGUUUAAUAGCCCUUCAAAUCUAAAAAUUUUAUUAAUCGUGCAAAUGUUCUUUUCUGUUGCCCAAUCCCCUUGUGCAAUUAUGUAGUGACAAAGUUAGAACCGUGUUAGCUGAAAUAUUUAUCAAACAGAUAUUUUUGCUCUAUCACAACACUGCCUCAUGUAGGUGUAGGUAAGAUAAUUUUAGGGUAAGGAGAGACCCAUAAUACCUCUGGCUAGCAUCUAUAAGAAAAGUUAGUAGUACUUUAUGUGUAUGAUUGUGACACACUGUAUCAUGGGUGGUUUUGUGGAGAGUAAAAUGCAGAAUUCAGAGAUUUGAACCAGUAAAAAAUCGGCAAAGAGUCAAUGAAAAUUAGCCAUGCAGAAAUUGUGACUUAUUGUUCGCUUGAAGAUUAUUUAGCAUCGGCCAACUGUCUGAUUUUGUGAGGACCUAAGAAUUAAAAUUUCAUCCUGGAAAUUAGGUAACUGUUUCAGUAA